AUGAAGUAUUUCGUUUGCAUAACCCUGCUGGUGUACACUUCUAAAGCGCACACAAAAAACGAAAGUUGUAAAGAUAUUCUACAGAAUUUUUUAACGGGACAGCUGUCAUCCGUUCUUGGAUCUUACCAGAUAGAAGCCUUAAAGCGGGAAUUUAAAAGUUUUACUGAACUAACAGAAAAAUCUAUAGCAGAGUUCAAGGAGCAGGUUAAAACUGAUUUGAGAAAUAAAAGUACUGAAAGUCAAAAGGUGAAUGUAAAUGCUGUUUACACCAGAUGGGGAAAGAAAAGUUGUCCCUCAACGGCUGAACUGGUCUAUUCAGGAUUUGUUGGUGGCUCACACUACACUCACACCGGUGCAGCAGUUGAUCCUCUCUGUCUACCAAAAAAUCCCGAAUGGGGUAAAUACAAGGAUGGAACUGACUCUUACAGGGCUUACGUCUAUGGUGCAGAAUAUGAAGAAGUGCUACACAAUAACAAAUUAAAUCUUUUGGAGCACGAUGUACCAUGUGCUGUAUGUCUUCUGCGUGGUAAAUCCCUGUCAAAAGUUUUCCCAGCUAGGAAAUCCUGCUACAGAGGUUGGAGGUUAGAGUACAGUGGUUACCUUAUGGCAGGGUACUAUGGACACAAUGCCGGUACAAUGUAUACAUGCAUCGACGAAAAUCCAGAUACUGUAUUUGGAGGCCAUUCUAAUCAUAAUGGCUACCUCUUCUAUGCAGUGGAAGCACAAUGUGGAUCUUUGAAAUGCCCUCCUUAUGUACAGGGACGAGAGUUGACGUGCGCUGUUUGUUCUGUUUAA